CUCUUUCUCUCUCCCUCAUUGUCACUCAAACACAGCUCUCACAAACUUCCCCUCAUGGCCUCAUGGUCAGAGCUAAGAAGAACACUUGUCCUGGGCAGACUGGGGGAUCUGGACUUUUAUUUUCCCCAAAAGGCACCCUAUAUGGAAACCAGAACCACAGAUUACUGAAGUGACGUGAUCUUUGUCAGUGCAAUGGAUGUGCCUUUUGGUCCAGAGGGCAAGUUCAGGCUGGACACUGGCACAGCCCAUCUUGUACCCAGCACCUUGACCAGGGGACAGUGGUCCAGCAAAAUUGAGUUCCUGUUGGCGGUUGCAGGGCAAAUCAUAGGUCUAGGAAAUGUGUGGAGAUUCCCUUACCUGUGUUACAAAAAUGGAGGAGGGGUGUUCUUUAUCCCUUAUGUGCUCUUCCUCUUUACCUGCGGCAUUCCCCUCUUUCUCCUGGAGACAGCUCUUGGCCAGUACACCAAACAGGGAAGUAUAACCUGCUGGAGGAAAAUUUGUCCCCUUUUUGAAGGGUUGGGCUAUGGCAGUCAGGUGGUUGUUUUAUACUCCAGUAUUUAUUACAUCAUCAUACUGGCCUGGGCUUUCCUGUAUCUCUUCUUCUCUUUCAACGCUGAACUUCCCUGGGCGAGUUGCAGAAACAGCUGGAACAUGGAGACCUGUGUGGAGUUUGAUGGAAGGGGUAAUUAUUUGAACUGGACUGAAAAUGCAACAUCACCAGUGAGAGAGUUUUGGGAGAGAAGAAUUUUAAAUAUCACAGGAAGUGUCCAUGAGUUAGGCAGCAUACGAUGGGAGUUGGCUCUGUGUCUUCUGUUGUCCUGGAUCAUCUGCUACUUCUGUGUCUGGAAAGGAGUGAAGUCCACCGGGAAGGUUGUUUAUUUCACAGCUACAUUUCCAUAUCUGAUGCUGUUGGUGUUACUUGUUCGUGGACUCACAUUGCCCGGAGCCUUAGAUGGGAUCAAGUUCUACCUCUACCCAGAUCCAUCCCGCCUGAUUGACCCACAGGUAUGGAUGGAUGCUGGCACACAAAUAUUUUAUUCCUAUGCUAUUUGCAUUGGUUGUCUAACUGCACUUGGCAGUUAUAAUAAGUACGACAAUAACUGUUACAAGGACUGUAUGUACUUGUGCCUUCUGAACAGCGGGACCAGUUUUGUCGCUGGCUUUGCCAUCUUCUCUGCUCUUGGAUUCAUGGCUUAUGAGCAGAACACAGACAUAUCAAAAGUGGCAGAGUCAGGUCCUGGCUUGGCGUUCAUUGCCUACCCUCGAGCAGUUGCCAUGAUGCCUUUUCCUCAGCUCUGGGCGAUAUUCUUUUUCGUUAUGAUCAUCCUCCUGGGACUGGACAGUGAGUUUGUAGGUCUGGAAGCUCUCACAACAGCAAUAUCUGACAUGAAUCCUUCCUUCUUCCACGUUGGCCAUCGACGUAAACUACUUCUGCUUGCCAUCAGUGUUGGUAGUUUCUUUAUAGGCCUUGUGAUGGUUACAGAAGGUGGGCUGUACAUCUUCCAGGUGUUUGACUACUAUGCCUGCAGUGGGAUGACUCUUCUUCUCUUUGCCAUACUGCAGUCUGUGUGUAUUGGAUGGGUUUAUGGUGCAGACCUUUUUUAUGAAAAUCUCGAGGACAUGAUUGGAUACAAGCCUUUUCCCCUGAUUAAGUAUUGUUUGAAAUAUGUCACUCCAGUAAUAUGUAUGGCAACAUUUGUUUUCUCCUUGGUCAAAUACACUCCUCUAAAGUUCAACAACACAAUUGAGUAUCCCUGGUGGGGUUAUGCUCUUGGGUGGUGGUUCACUCUCUCCUCCACACUUAUGGUUCCUCUCUGGAUGGUGUACAAAGUGAGCACCACUCCUGGUACACUGCGACAGAGGAUCUCUACCUUAUGUACUCCAGCUGAAGAUCUGUGUUUGAACAAAUCAGAGAAGCAAACUCUUGAACUGUUUGACUUGACCUCAUCUCCUGACAGUGUGGUGUCCUAGUGACCCCAGACAGAAAGGACCACCUUCAGAUUUACCUUUCAACUCCUUGUGGGUGUCCUGGUUGUAAUCACUGCACUGAAGAAUCUCUUCGAUUUUAUUAUGAUUUCACCUUAAAAAGUACUGUGAAGUUUCAUUGCUGUCUCAGCAGAAAUGCAUCUGCUUACUGUACAGGGAAUAUUUUUCUCUGCGGUUUCUGAGUUUACAGCUACAUUUCAUGGUCAUGUGUUACCACCUCAUAGCACUGUCGGCUAGGAGGUAGGGCUGCAACUUUUCAUUAUCAACUUCUUUCUUUCUUCUUUUUUCUUUUUUUAUGAAUUAAGUUUCUAAAUCAGAAAAUAGCAACAAAUGCGCAUCACAGUUUCCAAGAGCCCACUGUGAUGCGUUACAUUUACAGCAAUAUUAAAACAAAUCUGGCAAAUCCUCACCUUUG